UGAGUGGGCGGUGGCGGUUCUUGUUGGCGGUCUGGCUCCGCAGGGCAGGGGGCAAUUUUAGUUGUUUGGGGGUGGUUUUUAGUUUAAUUUUUCUUUUGUAGCUUGGCAUCGCGGGCCAGUUCGCACGUUCUAGUCGUCUGAGGCCAUGUCAGGAGACGGAGCCACGGAGCAGGCAGCUGAGUAUGUCCCAGAGAAAGUGAAGAAAGCCGAAAAGAAAUUAGAAGAGAAUCCCUAUGACCUUGACGCUUGGAGCAUUCUCAUUCGAGAGGCACAGAAUCAACCUAUAGACAAAGCACGGAAGACUUAUGAACGCCUUGUUGCCCAGUUCCCCAGUUCUGGCAGAUUCUGGAAACUGUACAUUGAAGCAGAGAUUAAAGCUAAAAAUUAUGACAAGGUCGAAAAGCUAUUUCAGAGAUGCCUUAUGAAGGUUUUGCACAUUGACUUAUGGAAGUGUUAUCUUUCAUAUGUCCGAGAAACCAAGGGUAAACUACCAAGUUACAAAGAAAAAAUGGCUCAAGCAUAUGACUUUGCACUGGAUAAAAUUGGAAUGGAAAUUAUGUCUUAUCAGAUUUGGGUGGAUUACAUCAAUUUCUUAAAAGGCGUGGAAGCUGUUGGAUCUUAUGCAGAAAAUCAGAGAAUAACAGCUGUUCGAAGAGUUUAUCAACGAGGUUGUGUUAAUCCCAUGAUCAACAUUGAACAACUGUGGAGAGACUAUAACAAGUAUGAAGAGGGUAUCAAUAUUCAUUUAGCUAAAAAAAUGAUUGAAGAUCGGAGUAGGGAUUACAUGAAUGCUAGGCGGGUAGCAAAGGAAUAUGAGACAGUAAUGAAAGGUUUGGACCGCAAUGCUCCCUCAGUGCCUCCUCAGAAUACUCCUCAAGAAGCUCAGCAGGUAGAUAUGUGGAAGAAAUACAUACAGUGGGAAAAGAGCAACCCUCUUCGUACAGAAGAUCAGACUCUUAUAACUAAAAGAGUUAUGUUUGCUUAUGAACAGUGCCUGCUUGUGCUGGGCCAUCACCCUGAUAUUUGGUAUGAAGCUGCCCAGUAUCUUGAGCAGUCAAGUAAACUGUUAGCAGAGAAAGGGGAUAUGAAUAAUGCCAAAUUAUUUAGUGAUGAAGCUGCUAAUAUAUAUGAAAGAGCCAUAAGCACUUUAUUAAAGAAGAAUAUGCUUCUUUAUUUUGCAUAUGCAGAUUAUGAAGAGAGUCGCAUGAAGUAUGAGAAAGUUCACAGUAUAUAUAACAGACUUCUGGCAAUUGAGGAUAUUGACCCCACCUUGGUAUAUAUCCAAUAUAUGAAAUUUGCAAGAAGAGCAGAAGGUAUUAAAUCUGGAAGAAUGAUAUUUAAAAAAGCAAGAGAAGAUACCAGAACCCGCCACCAUGUCUAUGUUACUGCAGCACUCAUGGAGUAUUAUUGUAGUAAGGACAAAUCUGUUGCCUUUAAGAUUUUUGAGCUGGGGCUAAAGAAAUAUGGAGACAUUCCAGAAUAUGUCCUGGCCUAUAUUGACUAUCUUUCUCACCUCAAUGAGGACAAUAAUACUCGAGUUUUGUUUGAACGAGUUUUAACAUCUGGAAGUCUUCCACCUGAGAAGUCUGGAGAAAUCUGGGCCCGAUUUUUAGCUUUUGAAAGUAAUAUUGGUGAUCUAGCUAGUAUACUCAAAGUGGAGAAAAGACGGUUUACAGCAUUCAAAGAAGAGUAUGAAGGCAAAGAAACAGCUUUACUGGUAGAUAGAUACAAGUUCAUGGAUUUAUAUCCUUGCUCUGCAAGUGAACUAAAAGCGCUUGGGUAUAAGGAUGUCUCCCGUGCUAAGCUAGCAGCUAUAAUUCCAGACCCAGUUGUAGCUCCUUCUAUAGUGCCUGUUCUGAAAGAUGAAGUGGAUAGAAAACCAGAAUACCCUAAACCAGACACUCAGCAGAUGAUUCCAUUUCAGCCACGACAUUUAGCACCUCCGGGCUUACACCCUGUCCCCGGUGGAGUGUUCCCAGUACCACCUGCAGCAGUUGUUUUAAUGAAACUUCUCCCUCCUCCUAUUUGUUUCCAGGGUCCUUUUGUACAAGUGGAUGAACUGAUGGAAAUUUUCCGAAGAUGCAAGAUACCAAAUACAGUUGAAGAAGCUGUGAGGAUCAUUACUGGAGGAGCCCCAGAGCUAGCUGUAGAAGGCAAUGGCCCGGUGGAAAGUAAUGCAGUACUCACCAAGGCUGUCAAAAGGCCCAACGAAGAUUCAGACGAAGAUGAGGAAAAGGGAGCUGUCGUUCCCCCUGUUCAUGACAUUUACAGAGCAAGGCAGCAGAAGCGAAUUCGGUGAAGCAGGCACAGAACCUGCCUCAGAAAGAAAACUCCUAUCCAGGAUUCCUUUUGCCUCUUAAGUCAUAUGUUUAAAAGAGACAAUGCUUUGUUACAAAGUUCUUGGAAACAAAGUUGUAUUGUCAUUGGUGCCUCUAUUCAUAUGCUUCUUGAGAAAAACCAACCAACCUAUGUGAAUUUUAGGAUUUGGAACAGACCUAUGCUCUAAGAAAAUUUAGGUUUUCAAAAAUGUGAGAAGAGUACAAAGUGGCAGAACCACAUUUUGUUCCCGCUUCAAGGGUGUCUUGUAUGUACCACUUGAAGACUUGUGGGUUUUCAACAGUUUUAUUUUAAAAACUGGAUGGUUUAUGAUUGUAAAGCAUUUUAUCACAUUUUCUGAAAACAACAGCUGUUCUUGGUUUGCUUAUGUAGAGUCCUGCCUUAUUGUUUGUUUUAUUUAUGGCAGAAUGUACGGAAUCGGUUUUGUAGUUUAAAAUUUUAAAAAACAAUCCUUUAGAAAAUAAAAGGAUCUCAAAAAGUCAUGUCUCUUGCUGCUGCUUUCAUUCAGAUUUUAUCUGAAAUAGCUACUUACGUUAUUUAGCCAAUACUGUUUAAAACUAAAGGUCAACAAUGUAAGGAAAAGUCAUCCUGUAUUUACUAUAUAUACACAACUGUUGUCCUUUCCUGGUCUUUUUUGCUACUAUUUGAAAACAUGAGAGAUCCAUUUUUAAGAGGCAAAUUAAACAUUUUAGAAAUCUUCAAAUAUGAAUGCAUUUUUCCCAAAUUAAAUCUGAGGGCGAUAGACUGAGAUAUUUUAUCUUUCAUGUCUCUUAAAAGCAACAUAAGUGUGGGAAUUCCUUUAACCACUCGCUGUCUUGCUCUCACAUAAAUAUAUUUCAAAAAGUGCUCAGUAUUCAAGAACAUUUUUUUCAUCAGCUAAACAAAGACAGCAUUAAAGGAAACUACAGCCAAGUAACCAAAAACUAGCUACAGUGAGCAAAAACGUACCAUAAAAAUUAAAAGAAUUAAGUUUUGCUCUUUUUUAGCAACGUUACCUCCUUUUGACUCAUUUCUAGAAAACUAGACCAACAACUAAUUGAGCCUAAGGAUUGUGAUUCAGAAUAAAGGUUAAAAUAAGGAGGGAAAUAAGAGGAAAAGUACGAAGGCUAUAAAGAGACAAUCUUUGCACAAUGGGUACACAAUUUAGAAUUUGAAUUCAAGUGUGAUUAAAUAUCAGCUUCAAAUAUUUCUAUAAAACCUAUAAUAAAAGGUUAUCUUGAAUCACUUUCUUAUAUAAAUUUAUACAUAGCAAGGUCAUAUUUACCUAAGUUGAUCACAAGCAUAUGUCUCCAGUAUUUUCCCAGUGAAGCUAAGAAAAAUUUCCUCAAAACAAAGUCAGCUGCCUCUACUUCAGAUUUUGUUAUCUUCCUAAGUAUCAUUUUCAAGCUGUGUGGGUUUUUUUUUAAUAUCAUGGUUAUCAACAAAACAAUCUGAAAGGCAUAAGUAGUACCAUAUAGCAUAAACUUAAAAAUUAGAGAUAUGGAAUCUUUCCUGAAGUGCUAUCUUUGGGUAGUGUAUUGAAGAAGACAAAAUGGUUUCAAAGACCUGAAUGGUCUGUAACAGUGUUCCCAUGUGACAAAAGAAAGCCACGUGAUUGAGUAUGGAAAAAUGCCUUUUUUUUUUUUUUUUUUUUUUAGCAUUGUAAUAAGAAAACACACACGUACACCCCUACCUACCUUGGGGAAAAGUGCUGCUAAGGACUGUUAAGGCCAUUAUGUGUAUUACAACUGCUCCUACUACAUUCAUUU